CACCACUUUACUUCUUCUUCAUUUCUCCCUCCCCUCCCCGCACUCUCUUAAUUAAAAUGGCUAAAUCACACGUUGAAGCACAAGUAAAGCAGGUUGUCUAUCACGAUCCCUGGGCUAGACGUGAAGCAUGGCGUAAACAUCCUAUUUUCUCAAAAACUUCAAAUCUUAAAACCAUGUUUCCUGGUCUCGGUAUUGCGACUGUUGCAUUUGCCGCUUAUUGUACAUAUGAACAUUUCUUUCUUAAUAAUAAGAAGAGUCAUUAAAUAAUUUGCUACUUAAUCUGCUUUGAGAAAUUAUAUUUAUUUGAUCUCUUUUUAGGCACUUGUAUUUUUUAUUAUCAUUAUUAUUAUUAUUAUCAUUUAAUAAAGGAUGAAUCGACAACAAGGCAAAAAUAGAAAACAA